CUGAGCUGCUUUCACCGACUGCUGGAUUCUCCCACGUGUUGCUUGUACAGUAGGUCACCUGCUUUGUCGUCUCGAACUUCACAGACCUUCUUAGUGUCUCUCCACUCACUCAACAUGGAUUCAGACAAGGUCCAGAUCGGCAAAAACAAAUUUAUAAGCAAGAGUAUUCUUCUCUCACAGCUUAACACAUACAACCUAUAUUACAAAGGAGAAGCCCUUCAGUUGAGACACAGAGAGGAGGAAGGAGAGUUGAUCAUUGAGGGUUUGCUCAAUGUUUUUUGGGGUGUAAAGCGACCAAUCAGACUGCAGAUGCAGGACGAGAAAGAGGCAGACAGGCCACGCCCCUUAUUAACAUCUUCGAGCGCCGAAACAGACAUCAGCACAUUCAAUGAGCUCGCUGCAGCAGAUCGGUCAAAAGACCUCGAAGACAAAGAUGAGGCAGAUGAGGAGCAGCAGGACUCGACACACUCCGAUCGUCUCGGCAGGACAAAGAGCGAUGUCGGCGGGAAAAGGAUUAGCGGAAGACGGCUCGGAAUCAGAAGAGUCAAAAGAAACCGAUGCUCCUUCAACGGCCACUUUUACAACCACAAGACGGCCGUUUUUACCCCUAAGUUCGGUUCAGUGACCAACGUCCGAGUCAACAGCUGUAUGACGACAGCGCAGGUCAUGCGGGUGCUGCUUAACAAGUUCAAGAUCGAGAACAGCCCGGAGGAAUUCAGCCUUUACAUCGUCCACACCAGUGGAGAGAGACAUCAGCUGAAGCCUAAUGACCAUCCACUGACCCUCAGAGUUAUGCAAGGCCCUUGUGAACAGGUCAGCAAAAUGUUCCUAAUGGAGACGGACCAGGUGGAAGAGGUCACGCAUGAUGUGGCACAAUACAUCAAGUUUGAGCUUCCUGUUUUACAAAGCUUCAUCACUAAGCUACAAGAGGAAGAAGAAAGAGAAAUGCAGAAACUGAAGAAGAGGUAUGCUGAUAUGCGGCGUAUCAUCAAGAAAUACAUGGUGUCAAAUUCAACUACAUGAUUAAACCGUGCAAGCAUCUUCAUCUGAACACCAUCAUAAAGUGCCAACAAAAUGGUGCUAUCUCAGGAACAGGAAGUCAGAUCUGACUUUUCAGUGAGACUUUUAUAUCAUCCGGUAUCAUCAGGUAUUAUAAUACAGCAAAACUUAGCGGUACUAUGACUUUCUUUAAAUAAGCUUCACAGCAGACUGUUACUCAGCCUUCUUUUUCCGAAAGGAAAGCAAAGUAAUUUUUUUUUACAAUGUUUAACCACUCAUGCACACUGAUAAUAAUAAUUAUAUAAUAAUAAUAAUAAUCUACAAGAAUGUUAAUUAAAAAAUAAUAUAAUUUAGAGCCCAUGUUGUGUGAAUAAAUAGAAUAGAAUAAAGUGAAGAAAAUAUAUUUGUUUUAUUUAAUUCCAUGAUAUUUUAUAAAUGAAUUAUAAAGUAUUUAAUGUGUUUUUUGUAACAUGUUUCACAGUGUAUGUGCACAUUUUUGCCCUUAAAAAUAAUAAAAACAUUAAGACAAUUAUUGAAUUAGUUUUC